GUGUGCGCGCGCAGAGAGCGCCUGGUGGGUAGUGCCAAGGUUUCAUGCUGCCUUGGUGGCUCUGGGCCGGAUCAGGGCUGGGCUCCAGCGGUGCCCUUCCUCCACCUGGCCUACUUGGUCCUGCACAGCUCGGAGCCGGAGCCACGAGAGCUGAAGCAGCGCCCCUACAGCCCGCUUUUCCGCUUCCAUCUCCUUCGCCUCCUCCUCCUUCCCCCAGCCACCCGCGCAAUCAUAACCGGUUCAGGCUGGCCGGGGUGCCCCGAAAAGAAGAGAGGGGGAGGGGGGAACACAGGGUUUAACACCCGGAGGAGGAGGAGAAAUAGAAGGUGGAGACCAGAGGAGGGGUCCGGCGCCCUCCCUCCAUGUGGCCGCCGUUUCUGCGGAGUUCGGCGGGGGCAGAGGGCGGCGGCUCCCCGGGCAGCGCGUAGCGGGACGGAUUGUCCAAUACUCCAGCAGGGGCCGGGGCCAGGGCUGGGCCCGGGCCCCUGGAUAAAAAGUCGCCCGGCAGGCCUGGAGCUGCAAGGGAGAGCAGCAGCCGAGGUCCCGACCGCACCACCCGCCGGGUUCUCCCGGGGCACCGCUCCCUGUGCUGCGCCCCAGAGUCCCCCACCAAGGCCGGUACACAGGACUUACAGAGAACAACAUCCUCGAUCUCACCUUACAAUGGAAAUUAAAAAGUCACCCGAUGGCGGAUGGGGCUGGGUGAUUGUGCUUGUCUCCUUCUUUACUCAGUUUCUGUGUUAUGGAUCCCCAGUAGCAGUUGGAGUCUUGUAUGUAGAAUGGCUGGAUGCCUUUGGUGAAGGAAAAGGAAAAACAGCCUGGGUUGGAUCUCUUGCAAGUGGAGUCGGUUUGCUUGCAAGUCCUGUCUGCAGCCUCUGUGUCUCAUCUUUUGGAGCAAGACCUGUGACGAUCUUCAGUGGCUUCAUGGUGGCCGGAGGCCUAAUGUUGAGUGGUUUUGCUCCUAAUAUCUACUUUCUAUAUUUUUCCUAUGGCAUUGUUGUAGGUCUCGGAUGUGGUUUAUUAUACACUGCAACAGUGACCAUUACAUGCGAGUAUUUUGACAGCCGCCGAGGUCUUGCACUUGGCCUAAUUUCAACAGGUUCAAGUGUUGGAGUUUUUAUAUAUGCUGCUCUGCAGAGGCUGCUGAUUGAGUUCUAUGGACUGGAUGGGUGCCUGUUGAUUGUGGGUGCUUUAGCUUUAAAUAUAUUAGCCUGUGGCAGUCUGAUGAGACCCCUCAAGUCCUCUGAAUGCCCUUUGCCUGAAAAAACAGCUGUGGAAAAUGUACCAGAAAGAUACACCAUUUACAAUGAAAAAGAAAAGAACCUAGAAGAAAACAUAAACAUUCUUGAAAAGUGCUGCGGUAGUGAGGAAACAUACAAAAGCACUUUAGCCAAUGGUGACUGCAAACAAGAAAGUCUCCUUCAUAAAAUCCCAACAACAAUGGCUCACACAAAAGAGGCCGAGACGUAUAAAAAGAAAGUCGCAGAACAGACAUAUUUUUGCAAACAGCUUGCCAAGAGGAAGUGGCAAUUGUACAAAAACUACUGUGGAGAAACUGUGGCUCUUUUUAAAAACAAAGUAUUUUCAGCACUCUUCAUCGCUAUCUUUCUUUUUGACAUUGGAGGGUUUCCACCUUUAUUGCUUAUGGAAGAUGUAGCAAGAAGUUCAAAUGUGAAAGAAGAAGAGCUUAUUAUGCCUCUUAUUUCUAUUAUUGGAAUUAUGACAGCAGUUGGUAAACUCCUUUUAGGGAUACUGGCUGACUUCAAGUGGAUUAAUACCUUAUAUCUUUACAUAGUUACCUUAAUACUCAUGGGCCUGGCCUUGUGUGCAAUUCCAUUUGCUAAAAGUUAUGUCACAUUGGCUAUACUUUCUGGGAUCCUAGGGUUUCUUACUGGUAAUUGGUCCAUCUUUCCAUAUGUGACUACGAAGACUGUGGGAAUGGAAAAAUUAGCCCAUGCCUAUGGGAUAUUAAUGUUCUUUGCUGGACUUGGAAAUAGCCUUGGACCACCAAUCGUUGGUUGGAUUUAUGACUGGACCCAGACUUAUGACAUUGCGUUUUAUUUUAGUGGCUUCUGGGUCUUGCUGGGAGGUUUUAUUCUGCUCCUGACAGCCUUGCCCCACUGGGAAGUAUGCAACAAGCAACUCGCCAAGCCAGCCCCAACAACCUUUCUGUACAAAGUUGCCUCUAAUGUUUAAAAGAAUGUUAGAAGUCAGUAAAAGACUGUUUUUUCAUAGCCAAAUUUCACUGUGGCGGACUUUGAAUGAAUUUUUAAAAAAAUAUCCUAUGUAAUCUAUGUAGUCUAUGUAGUCUCUAUGUAGUCUCUAUCUCCUGUAUUUUUUUUUCUUUGUUUUCUUUUCCCAAGAAGUGGGAGAAGUAUUGUGUUUUGCUAUUAUUCAUGAGUCCUUGACAUUAUAAAAAUUUUGGUCAGCUUCAGAAGACUUUCUUUGUGUAAAGAAAUAAUUUCUCUGCAGACUCCAUCAGUUCCACUGCAAGAUAUCCAGAGGGGACUCUCCUGUUUUAAAACUGCAAGUAGCAUGAUGAGACUAGGGACUCAAACCACUAGGGACUAAACCACUCUCUUCUCUAUGUUAGACUAGCUGGUAAAUAGAAGACUUUGAGCCAGUCAAGAAAUUAAAGUGGUUAUUAAAAUGACAUUAAGAAUUGCAGUGUAGCAAACUGAUCAUUUUUUUUUUUUUAAAAAAGACAUUUUCAAAUACAGUCACCAGUUUUCAUUAUUCUAUUUUAUUUACCUUGGUGAAGCACCUAUAUGUUUGGUGCCCACUGAGCAGUAGUUGCUGUAGCCUAUCUUCAUGGUUGGCUGCUAUAACCCUGCUCAGUUUUGGUUUGUCAGCAUCCAUUUAGCUGGUAUUUUCCAGGAAGUGCUUAUUUUACCUGUUUCCAAAUUGGAAAUGCAUGUUCAAAACAUUCCGUUUGGCAAAUGGGAAACAUCCAUUUGCUUUGGGCACAGUGGGGACGAGUUGCAAGUCCUUGCAAUAUCUUCUUGAUUUAUUUGCUACUGUCAAAUUUUACCACUCUCACAUUUUAAUUCAAGGGCAGAGCUAAAAGUGCGUGCGUGCGUGCGUGCGUGUGUGUGUGUGUGUGUGUGUGUGUGUGUGAUGUUCUGAGUCUGUGUGGGACACAGGAAGAGAAAAAGGCAAUAAGAAGUUGAUACCUAUUAAGAAGAAUGUUCUAGGAGAAAUCAAUGUUUAAUAAACUGAUAUUUUUUUAAAGAAAUGUUUUUAAAACUUUGGUUUGCAUCAGAAUCCUCUAUAGAUACUUUUUAAAAUAUGAUUGCCUGAGCACCACUCUUAGAGACUUUAAUUCUGGAGGUCUAGGCUGUGGGCCAAGGAUCUAUAUUUUUAAUGAACUCUUCAUGUGAUUCUGGUAAUACGGCCUGGGGCGAGAAUGACUGUUAAAAGACUGGCAACACAGAAACAUUUAUUCUCUUUAAAAAAUAAAAAAAAAGCCAGUAAACCAUUGAGGUGAUGGGUGUUUAUAAAUAGUCAAGUGUGGUUCUUUAAAUUGGAGGCACUCUUCCUAUUGUGCCAAAAUUGUCUUUUCAUUUCUUUUGAAAUAUGUAAGAUUAUUUCAUACUUCUAUGUUGCCUUUCUUUGAAGGCGCUUGAAGCACUUUAUAAGCAUGAAUUGCCACAACACCUCAUUGAGGUGGGUAAAUAGUGCUUUUCUAUGUAAUAAACCUGGAGUAUAGGGAAUUUCAUAACUGAGUUUAUCUUAUUCAAUAACGAAAUAAUGGGGCUCCAAAGUGCCUUAGACUUCUGCUCCAUACUCAAUCUUCUGGAAAGUUUUCCGUACCUCAUUCUUUAGUAACUGUCAAGGUUAGUAAAUAAAAUGAGUGACAUUAAAAAAAAAAUGUGUUUUGUGUUGAAAGUUCCUUCUUGCCAAUAUUAUAUUCAGGAAAUCCAAUAACCUGAAAAGGUUUAACUUUUAUGACUACCCACAUUCAUCAAUGUUGUUAAUUGUCCGAAUGCAUCUUCACUGUGUCUGCUAAUGUCAUCCAAUGUGUGCAUUAUCCAUUGUCUAGGGAAUGAAUGUUCAGAUACAAUAAAAUAUUUUUGUUUGUUUUGCAUCA